AUGCAGUGUGCGCUCGGCUUUGCAAACUCAGUGGCAUUCUCCCAGCGACUACGGCAUCGGUGGAGCGGAAUUCGACGAACUGUUAGCUCAAAGAGUGAGGGGCACCAACCACUUCACUUGAGGUGCCUAGGACGACUAGCUUACCCGCCAGGCGCCAGCGUUGAUGCAACCGCUGCGGAGGCUUGCAAGGUACAACCAGAGCAGCGGCGAUUGCAGCAUUUCACAGCAAAAGCCAAUGUGCUAGCAUGCAGCAUAACGGUUUACGCCGCUCUGGUUUUUGGUGCAACGGAGCUUACCGCCGCGACGCCGACACCGGCAGAACUGCAGGCCCCGACGACCAGUGUCCAUGCGGUUUGGGAGCGGGAGCCCGUUCAGUCCGUGUUUGUUGCGGACGAAAAUGUUCAAGAUGAGCGCGCACGGUACACAAGUAGCCGGGCUCGAGAAACCCCAACGCAAGUUUCCUCCCUGCAGGAGCUGAUCGACGCAGCAACUCGGUGUCGGGAAGCGCUGGAGCUGCUGCGCGGCAGCCUGCCGGUGGUCGAAACCGCAGCGCCCCAGCCGCAACAGCAGCAGCAGCAGCGGCGGCAGCCCACAGCAACCGCUUCUCCUGACCAGCAACGUGAUCAAAUCGAGGCCUUCCGACUGAGUCUUCGACGAGUGCCACUCUCGGAGACGCGGCGAAAGUUUUUCGAUCUCGCCCGUAUGUUGGACAAACUGGAUGCAAACACUGCUUCAGCAACGCAGCCGGGCAUGGAAUCGUACCGCAAAGUUGUCCGAGCGUUGGAGGAGCUGGAUGGUUGUGCACUCCAGGCUACGCGGACGCGCGGCCUCGAGCGAGCCGAAAAACUGCUGACGCUUCGGCAGGAAUUGUAUGAUCGAGUUUUGCAAGCAAUGGAUCAGAUGCUUGCUCGUGCUCAUCAGCUUGCGUUAGAGCGUCGUUCAUGA